UAUUUCAACAACACAAUCAUUACAAAUAAAUUAAAAUUAAAAUUCAACUUAACAACACAAUCAUUACAAACAAAUUAAAAUUAAAAUUUAACUCUACUCAUCUCUAAAAUCAAAUACAAUACGUGCUUGUGAUCUGUACUAAAGAUCAAUUGUCGUAGAUAUUAUAUAAAUUCUCCGACCGGGUCAUGGUGUUAAUUAUAUUUGGCGGUCAGACAACAAUUGACAUUUUGGUUUACCAUCAGAAAAUGUUGUAUUUUUUAUUUUUUUUAUAACAAGAGGACAAUUCUUAUGUUUAGGGACUGGAUAUUCAAUUGUAUGAAAAGUUUUCGUGCUUAGAGAAUAAUAUUUCGUACAAGUACAAGGAGAAUAAUUUUAUAUAAAAACAAUCAGUCGACUGCAUGUACGAAUCAAUUAACUGAUUAUUUUGUAUGAAAUAUUAUUCUCCUUGUAUAAAAUGUUAUCCUCCAAGUAUGAAAACUUUUUAUACGACUGAAUAUUCAGUCACUAAACCUAAGAAUUUCCCUUAAUAAGAAAAUGUUGUACGGUGAUUAUGUGGAUGUAUAAUCAAUGAUUAAAUUGGUGGCAAUGUUAUAUUCAAAUGUCGGGUCAAUUACGGGGGAGACCAUUUGUUAGUCUUCAUUCAAUGGGCAACCCUUGAAAAGGCAACGUUAUUUUUCCAAGUAGAUAUGAGAUGAAAAAAACCAAUUCGAUUACAAAAAAUAAAGAACAUUUCAAGAUCACGGCCAUGAGAUAACUAUAAAAAUUUCCGACUUCUUAUCCUUAUUUUUCUUCUCAAGUCAGGAUGACUAGUAUAUAUUAUUUAUAGAUGAAUAAUAUAAAAAAAUAAUACAAAACGAAAAAAUAAUUUUUUUUUUUUGGAUUAGUUCGACGAAGCCCGAUCACCAUUUGUCAUUUAUUCUCAUUUUCUUGCAAAAAUGGCUAUGGCGUUAAUUAUUCACAAGUUUUAUGCUGCAAUUUCACAGGUUUCUCCUUUUUUAUACGCAUGUGUAACUUUGCUCAUACUACUCUUUUUAAUCUCGAGGCGCUAUCAUCUUUUUUCCCUUUUCCUUAGCAUCAAUGCGUUCCUGGUUCAUACAGCGGUGUCUGGUUACCAUAUGUUCCGAAAAAGAGUACGUUUAUUGGACUUUGACAAAUGAAUGGCAUUGAUAAAAUAGUGACAUUGAUUCGGAAACAAUGUUCCCUGCAUCCAGUUUCUUUAUUUGAUAAUGGCCCACAAAAAUGCUUCGACGUUUUUAUAAUGAAACGAGCAGAUGUCUCGGAAGUGUAGUAGAUUAUGUUCAAGUGGACCAGUUUCGCUCCGGAACCGGAUAAAAAAAAUACCGACACAUCGAAGACUUCGCAUUGAAUUCAUGAUCGAUCGGGAAUAAAAGAACUCGAAUAUAAAGAGUUAUCAUGGAGAUGGCGGUGGUUUAGUCGAACGGGCCGAGCUCCGGUGAUCGCAGAUGUGGAUCAAAUGGAGAGCGAUGAAGCAUCUGGAGAAGCUCAGCAGGGGAAGAGGAAAUAUCUUGAGAGAAUCAUUAGCAAUGAUUUGUUAGGAAAAUUGUUGAGUAAUCUUGCUCGAAUUAGUUGGGUCAGCCUUUCACCUCGAACUUGUUCCCCGAUUUCGCAUCUUCUACUUCCACGGUUUCAUGGGGGAGUACCUCUGAAAUUCCCCAUGAACGAUCAUAGGGAAAGUCGAGUCGACCACUUUAACUCAGGCGCUUCUUAGGGGACCACCCAAGUUCUCUUACUUAGUUUUGUUUUUAUUUAAUUAUCGUGCAUUUCAACUAUAAUUUAGGAAUUUUGGGAGAAAAUUUUUGGAAAGGACAGUGAACUUUUGAAUAGAUGUUCAUUUCUAGAUCGGUAUGGUUAGAGUUGCAACUGCUAAUUCAAAUAGUGACAACUCCGACCCUACUGACCUUUGGACUGGAUUAGAGUCGCAACUGCGAUUUCAAAUAGUCAUAAUCCGAAACCUAUUGACUUGGGGGCCAGUCCGGAGUUGCGACUGCAACUUCAAAUAGUCGCAACUCCGACCCUACUGUGGAAGAGGCCAUUUUGGGGCCAAUUUGCGAAAAACAAAUUUUUGAGGUCAAAUUUGUGAAAAAUAACAGUUCGGGGUUAUUAAAAAAAAUCAGAUUCAAAAUCUGGGUGCGACAGCCUAUCAGCUCUGUUCUUUCUUCCUCACCGUCGCUCCUCAGCUCUGUUCCUCGCAUGCUCUUCGACUCUCAUGCUACAGGUUCUACCAACCCGCGACUCCAACCGCGAGCUCGAGUAGCAGCAGAACUCUCGACCCUGAGCUCGAGCAGCACGAGCAUUGUCGUCUCUAACUCCUCGAUUCGUACGGGCCGCAACUCCACCGCCACCACUCAGCUCUGACAGCCAACUCUCGAGCCAGACACACUUCGGGCCUCCUCUGCUCAAGCUUCAAUUCAACCAGACUCCGAGCUUCUGUGUCUGACCACCGUUCCCAUCAGUGGCUCAAGCUCCAGCAGCUUCCCACUCGCGACCACCCGAGCACCAGCCGAAGACAGCAGCUGAACCCGCCACCUCUGAAACUUUCGAGCACCAGCAGUGCCGUCUCUAGCUCCUCGACUCCGAUAGUUGCUUCCCACCCAUGACGCCGAGCUCAUCAGCCCGCUGUUCCAAGAAGCUGCAUUAGCUGUUCUUCCCCGCAAAGCAGAAGGCACCAGCAGCGGCAUUCUCACUCGAGCACCACCUGCAGGAGUCAAAUCACGAGCAGCAGCAGCAGAGCUCGUCCGGGACAGCAGCACCUCCUCCGCGACAAUUUCAAAGCCAAUUUAAGCAAGGGAGUGCUCCAAACCUUUAAAUUUUUCUUGCAAAAAUUAUAUUAAUUUAUGUUAUGGUAAUUUAUGCCCCUUCGUUUGUUAUGUUGUGUGCUGAUCUGAUUUGGAUGACGUUUGGUGGUUCUUGUAGCAGAAAAUUGGUAGUCUCUUUUUGUCGGUAUGAGUACUUGUUGCCCAAAAAAAAAAAAAAGAAAAACUAGAAAGACAACCCAAGCAAGUUCGAGUAGGAAUGGUAAUCGAAUCUUGGGGUAGUACUUGUGAUCAUUUGAAAACAACAAGGGAGAGUGAGUGUAGUUAUGAAAGCAUCGAAGGAAAUCGAGACUCUAGGCUUCGUUAUCCUUGAUUUACGAUAUUUGAACUAGAUAGUGUCUUGUUAGUUAUUAUUUUGUCUUUAAGUUUACAUAUCAUAUAAUCAAAUGGCUUGAUUAUUAUUAAGAUGUGAUGAUUUUAGUGAUUAGCAAAAAUUUUUAUAUCAAUUUCUCGCGGGAAUGAUACUUGACUCAUCCAUUUAUUACUUGCACGAACUGUAUACUUGCGGGAAGACAACACUCACCACUCUGGGGCUCCCUUUCCAUCAAGGACCAACAAAAAGAAAAAAAAAAAUUUUACUUCAGUGUUACUUCGUCGAUAAUGAAUCGCACCCGAAAGUAAAACUCAAUGUUUCCAAUUGAUUUUAAUUGUUCUUCCAUCGCGCGACAACAUAGCAGUGAUGGCCAAGAAAUUUCAGGAAUUCCUUGACAAAAAAAUUGGGUGAUUAUUUGUGAUUAUGAGAUGGGUUUUAUACGGUGGGAGAUGUUAUUUUAGCAAAUACAAUUAUUAUAUUUAAUAGAUUAUAUUUGAGCGUCUCUUUAAAUUUUGUCAUGUCACCAACUUUAGCUCAAUCAGCUGAUACGAUUUCAGGAAUUCCUUGACUAGAAAAUUGGGUGAUAUAGCAAAUUGAAUUAUUAUAUUUAACAGAUUAUAUUUAAGUGUCUCUUAAAUAUUUUCAUAUUACCAAGUGUAGCUCAAUCAGCUGAUACGAUUAGGACAUACGAUCUAGAAAACACUGGGUAGCUUCAAGACCAGGGCCUUUCUACAUAUUAUGUGUAAAGAGAAAAAAAAAAUCAAAGGUAGGAUUUUAGCUAUUAAAAUGUGACUCCAACAUUGGCAAAAUUAAUUUAAUUAAGCAAAAGAGGCUCUAUCUUACAGAUCAGAGAAAUGGGUGCGAUAUGUCUUCCAGAAAGGGGAGGCAAUGGAGGAUUCUCGGUUCAAGUCGCACGCUUCCCUAUCAUCGAUCGAUUCUAUUCGAGCUUGAAGCUAUCCUUUUUAAUGUUAGAAACCGAUUCGAUAUAUGCACUAUACACAUUAUACAUAAACUAUACAUCGACAACGUCUCGGUGCCGACAUCAACAUGAAAAUUCUUCAUUUUGUCUGUCUACUAGUGAUCUUUUCACUGUAGAACAAAUGUCAUCAUUCGCUAGCAAGCUGAUUAAAGCAAAAGGAAAGAACCAUCAGAUUCUUGACUAAGAAGCAAAGUAAUAAAGCAUAAAGAGAAAUGCCUUAUUUCGGAAGAAGAGCUAGUGUUAUUAGAUAUGCUAAUACGUAAUGCCUUCAAUGCCAGAACUGAAAAACCUUACGCAGACUGCUUCUUUUUCGGUCUGAUUGACGCAGUCGCUGAAAGUUGAAAUGCAGAUUAAUAUCUACUCCUUUGAUCAGUCUAUGUUCGGUUAGAUUCAUAUUGACGUUUUACCUUCUAUAACAUUCUCAUCUCGAACGAAAUUGAGGAGGAGAUUGUCUCCACAAUGAGCCAGACAAUCAAGGAAAUCUCGAUCACAAUUACGUCCAAGAUGGAUAACUUGCCGACCGUCUCAUUAGAGAGCUGCAUCUACAGGGUCCCUGAGAAAUAUCUCCGAGCAAAAGAAGAAGCCUACACCCCUCAGAUCAUCUCGAUUGGCCCUUUCCACAGGGACAACAAGCAACUCCAUUUGGCGGAAGAGAUCAAGUUGAGAUAUCUCAAGAGUUUUCUCGCUCGAAUCAAGGAGUUCGAAGAACGAAUCCGUGAAUGCUACCAAGAGAUUAUCCCCCUUAGCUCCAAUGAAUUCGUGGAGAUGAUAUUGGUCGAUGCUGCCUUCAUAGUCGAGCUUUUCAUACGGAACCACUUCGAAGAGUUGAGAGAUGAGCACGAUGCAAUCUUCCAUAAGCAGUGGAUGAGCGACGGAGUGUUCCAUGACAUGCUUCUGCUCGAGAACCAACUUCCCUUCUUCAUCCUGGAGAAAUUGUACGACAACGCCCCAAUGAAAUCUUCGGUCACCUUCUUCAAGCUCACAUUUGAGUAUUUCAAGGACAUCCUCCGUGCGCAUGAGUUGGUCAAUACAAGGAUCCAAGUUAGGCACCUGGUGGACUAUGUGCGGGCCUUGCAGCUCCCGUCCUUUGCACGUGGUGUGACAAACUCCCCCGGCAUUGGGAAGUUCAAGACGACCCGAAGUGCCACAGAGUUAAUGGAAGCAGGAGUAAGAUUUAAGCGUGGAGAAGGCAUUUGCUCCGUCCUCGACAUAAUUUUCCGAGACGGGGUCUUGCAGAUGCCGUACUUGGUCGUACACGAGUGGAGCGAGCCGUACUUCAGGAACAUGAUUGCGUAUGAACAGUGCCACCACGACUACAAGUACAUAAGCAGCUACAUCGUUCUCAUGGACAGCCUCAUUAACACCCAACACGACGUACAAAUCCUCAUUCAAUCAGGGAUUCUCGAAAACCAACUCGGUGCAGCUGAUGAUGUAGCUACGCUCUUCAAUACUCUUUUCAAGGAGACAAUGAGAGAAUCGAGCCAGUUCUAUUAUUCAAACCUCUGUGAGAACUUGAACGCGUACAGCAAAACCCGGUGGCACCAGUGGAAGGCGGCCUGGUACCGACACAAAAAGAUUUUGGGGCAGGAAUACUUUAGCAACCCCUGGUCGGGGAUCUCUGUGGUGGCAGCAGUAAUAUUAUUGAUCCUGACUAUUGUUCAAACAGCUUGCUCUAUGGUCGAUACAUACGCAGGUGAUGCUCGGCAUUUGUUUCGGCGUAGACAUAAUUCGUGAGUUUCUUGAACAUGUACUGAGUCUGACCCAGAUCAUGACAAUUCCUUUCAAUAUAUCCCAUAUUUUUCAUUGUUCA